CUUGCGUUUGAUAGGCUGUUUCUCAUGUGAUGUUUGGCAUUGAGUGAUGGUACCUGCGACAUCAUAGUCCCAUGCCGUGUGCCAACCAAGGGCCAAGGUGCCCCGAGCAAGAUCUCGUUCACUUCACGUUCCAGUCGAUCGCGCGACUUACCUAGGCACAUAAGCUAGACCGCAGACAGAACCACCUACCUCGUUAAACGCAUUGAUAGGCUGUCUUGCAGCUCCUGGAUGAUAUAUCUUGCGCCGUCGAGCGGACCGAGGCAAGUUGCCUUUGGUCAGUUGGAAAUGCGUCAUGUGAGGUGUCCGCGGAGAUGGGAAUGCACUUGUUUUUGCCACAGUUACAACUACUCAGACCACGCCCAGUGGGCCGGGCCCGUGGGCCCCCUCCUUCCAACGACCUCUGGGACAAAACGUCAUUUACUCAUUUCGCAUGUUUCUGAAGCGCACCAUGGAGAUGCUGGCGGGAUGCCCUGCGCACGUCGCCGCGUGGAAUGCUCAAGGCACGGCGUUCAAGGUCAAGGAUGUCUCCACGUUCGAACGUCGAAUUCUCCCCCAGUUCUUUCGUCACAACCAUUUUGCUAGCUUCACGCGGCAGCUUCGCUUCUACGGAUUCGAGAAGACCAAGGUUCCACUCCGCGAAAACACCAAGCCAGACGAUGAGCUACUGUGUUGGGAGUUUACCCACCCCAAGUUCCUGCGCGACGCCCCUCACAAACUCACCUCGAUUCGUCGUAAGACCUGCACAGACUCGACUCCCAAGUGGAACGCAGAGGAAGUGGCCGACCUCCGCGCCAACCUCUCGACCCUUCAAGCCAAGAUGAGCAUCUUGCUUGGCCACGUGUCCACACUGGCGACAGUCCUACACGAAAUCUCGACAAAUGGCGACGCACACCAGGCAGAGAUGGCCAUGGAAUGGGACUCGGCGCUUUGGGAUGACAUGGAUGAGCUUCUUCUGGGCAACGACUCGCUCGGGGCGUGUGGCUUGGAUAGCAUUGUCGACGCCACCGUAUUCGCUCUGUAGCCGCGUCCCCUUCCACAUCUCUGUCCAAUGGACCGAGUUGGCCUGUUUCAAAAGCAUAUUUUUCCAGCUAGCCCACCUUCCUACCUAUGCAAGACUAGUUACGUGGGGGUUCGAAGACUAUUAAAUCGCAUUCAAGUAUCAUUCUUGACACU